CAUUACGAGACUUCAUUCUAGCCAACAUGGCGACCUCUAUAGACGCUGAAUUUCCCGUUGACGGUAUUUUACCAAAGAAAGAGACUGGAGCGUGUGUGUAUUUAUCAAAGUAUCCUAACUACGAUGGAAAGGGUGUUGUCAUCGCCAUCCUUGAUACAGGAGUCGAUCCCGGAGCUCCUGGAUUACAGGUGACCAGUGAUGGUCGUCCCAAGAUCAUUGACAUAGUAGAUGCUACAGGGUCGGGUGAUGUGGACACUUCUCAAGUGGUGGAGGCAGUGGCUGGGGAGAUCACUGGCCUCACGGGCAGAACACUCAAGAUUCCUUUCUCGUGGAAGAACCCGUCCAGCAAGUACCACAUCGGUGUGAAGAAUGCCUAUGACCUGUUCCCUAAAGGCCUGAAGGAGAGGAUGACCAGGGAGAGGAGGGAACAGAACUGGGACCCUCAUCACAGGGUUGCAGUGGCUGCUGCUGCCAAGAAACUGGAGGAUUUGGAUACAAAAGCUGGAUCGUCCUUGGAGGAGAAACUUAUCAAGGAAGAGCUACAGGCCCAGGCUGAUAUACUGCAGAGUCUUGACAAGAAGUACUCCGACUGUGGGCCUGUGUAUGACUGUGUUGUCUUCUACGAUGGAAGUACAUGGAGGGCGUGUGUCGACACCAGUGAGGCAGGGGACCUGGAAAGCUGUAAGCUGCUGGCAAACUACCACGAAGAGCUGGAGAGUGCCAGACUUAGUAACGCAGACAUGAUGAACUUCUCGGUGAAUAUAUACAAUGACGGCAACGUCUUGGAAGUUGUAACUAAUGCAGGUUCUCACGGCACCCAUGUGGCGUGCAUCUCGGCUGGCUGCUUCCCCGACAACCCCGAGCGGAAUGGGCUGGCCCCGGGGGCACAGGUCGUCUCCAUCAAAGUAGGAGAUACACGCCUCGGCUCAAUGGAGACUGGGACCUCUCUAGUCAGAGCUAUGAUCAAAGUAUUGGAGCGCAAAUGUGAUUUAAUCAACUAUAGUUAUGGAGAAGCAUCUCACUGGUCAAAUUCAGGGCGUGUGUGUGAUAUAAUCAAUGAUACAGUCAACAAGCAUGGUGUGAUAUUUGUAGCUAGUGCUGGCAACAAUGGCCCAGCAUUGUCCACUGUGGGAACCCCAGGCGGGACAACUUCAGCGGUUCUAGGUGUUGGAGCCCACGUGACUCCUGCCAUGAUGGCUGCAGAAUACUCUCUCAGGGAACGACUACCUCCGAUGCAGUACACUUGGUCUUCCAGGGGCCCGGGUCAUGAUGGCGCUCUAGGAGUGUGUAUCAGUGCUCCUGGUGGCGCCAUUGCCUCCGUGCCGAACUGGACCCUCCGCGGCAGUCAGCUGAUGAAUGGUACCAGCAUGAGCUCUCCUAAUGCUUGUGGCGCUAUAGCCCUGGUACUGUCUGGUCUCAAGGCAAACGGAGUCCCCUACACCCCACACAGUGUGAGGAGAGCUCUGGAGAACACAGCACAGAAGGUGGACACCGUGGAAGUGUUUGCCAUGGGCUAUGGUCUGGUACAGGUGGAGAAAGCGUUCGACUACCUCUGCCAGAACGCCACAGAGAAGGAGAUGAACAUGAAGUUCCAGGUGACGUGCCAGGGCGGCAAGCGGGGGAUCUAUCUCCGGGAGGUGCCCCAGCUGCAGAAGCCUUCGGAAGUGUCGGUGUCCAUAGAACCCAAGUAUUUCGAGGAAAAAGCUGCUCAAACUGAGAAAAUCGAGUUCAAUAUCCAGUUCAGCCUUGUGUGCGAGGCAUCCUGGGUUCAGUGUCCGGCACAUCUAGAGCUGAUGAAUGUGUCCCGGACUUUCUCCGUCAAAGUUGACCCAAGAGGACUGCCAGAGGGGGAUCACUUUACAGAGGUGUGCGGGUAUGAUGUCCAGAAUAUACAGAAAGGUCCACUGUUCAGGGUUCCUAUCACUGUCAUAGUGCCUUCAAGAGUGACAGACAGUACCAACUUCUCACUGUCAUACAAGGACAUAAGAUUCCGUCCAGGUCAGAUACACAGACGGUUCAUUCAUGUGCCCGAAGGAGCAACUUACGCAGUUCUCCAUGUGCAGUCUCAAGACACAGAGAAGAACUGCCGAGUACUCCUACACACACUGCAGCUCUCUCCACAACACCAGUACAAGAAGUACGAGUUUGAAAGAUUUAUAACAAUAUGUGACUCAGGAGAUACUACUCAAGCAUUCCCAGUGUUGGACGGUGUGACUCUAGAGUUGUGUGUCGCCAAAUGGUGGGCCAACCUAGGGGAGGUAACUCUUGACUACUCCAUUACAUUCUUUGGUGCACAACUUGACGUCAGGCAGCCAGUCAUGCAUGUAGCAGAGGGCAUUUCACGAUUCAAUGUCCGCUCCCAGCUGAAGAAUGAGGAAUGCUUUCCUUCUAUUAACCUGAAAACCAUGGUGCAGCCUAUCAGGCCAUCUGAACAUCGUAUUCGGUGUCUACACGGUGCUAGAGACUGUCUUCCAGAGAACAGGCAGAUCUAUGGUAUAGAGCUGUCCUACAGCUUCCACAUGAGUAAGGCUGGUGAGGUGAUGCCAGACUGCUCAUUGCUCAGUCAUAUGCUGUAUGAAUCUGAAUAUGAGAGUCAGCUUUGGAUGAUCUUUGACUCCAACAAACAACUCAUAGCAUCAGGAGAUGCGUAUCCCAAUCAGUACACUUGUAAGUUGGAGAAGGGGGACUACCAGCUGCUGAUGCAGGUGAGACAUGAGUCCCGAGACAGCCUGGAGAGGAUCAAGGAUGCAGUAGUUAUGCUGCAUCACAAGCUUGCCACCUCCGUCACUCUGGAUGUCUACAACCACCCCCAAAAUGCUCUGACUGCUGGCAAGAAGGUCUCUUCAUUCGCAGUUGUCAAAGGAAUGGUCUAUCCAUUAUAUGUGGCGCCCAUGUCUGAGGAUAAGCUGCCUAAGGGAGCAUCUGCCGGACAUUUCCUACUGGGGACAAUGUCCCUGGUUAAAGAUGAUCCAUCCAAAAAAGCAAGCUCGGUACCGUUCAAGUAUGUCCUGACGGAGAACCCCAAGAAGUCCAACAACAGUAAGAGUAAUGGGAAGGAGAAGGAGAAGGAGAAGAAGACAAAGGAGGAAGAGUUUAACGAAUCUGUCCGAGAUCUCAAGGUCUCCUGGAUAACCAAAUUUGAGCUUGGUAAUGCUUUGUAUGAUGAACUGCGGAAGGACUACCCCAACCACCUGCCUCUAUACAUUGCCAGACUUCAGGCCCUGGACACAGAUGAGGACCAUGAAAACAACCUGGGAGAUAUCAUAUCUCUAUCUCGUCAUAUCAUCUCAAAGAUUGACCAGCCAAGUUUGCUAGCCUUCUACGGCAUGAAGAAUGACUCAAGGCCAGAGGCGUCAACUGUCAAAAGUGAGAUGGACAAGCAGAAGUCGGCCCUGGUGGAGGCGUAUGUCCAUCUAGGCUGUGCACAGGCUGAUGUCCUCUCACAACCUCAGGAAGCCACCGACUCCACAGACGAUUCCUCCUCGGUCAUUGUGCCACCCCAGGUCUCCAUGAAGGAUCUGGAUGACACGUUUGUGGAGAUUCAGAAGUGGGCUGACCUCACAGAUGCCAAGGUGCUGCCGUUCACUGUGAGACAUGCUAUAGCACACAAGCAGUAUGGUAGAGCAGUGAAGUACCUCCAGAAGCAACAGGAAGACAAGGGAUCACGGGAUGUAGAGUCAAAGAUAAAGACAAUGUACUCUUAUCUGAACUGGGAUCACUGCGUGAGGCAUAUAGGCAACUGGAUGCUAGUCCGAUAUCCCUCUAGCUACAGGCCGUUUUAAUACCGACACCUUCUAGACACAUAUCCAUUUUACCAACAAGGCAGUUGUACUUGUCACUGAAUUAGAUACACUUACUGUGCAAGUUUAGUCUGUUUUAAUAGGGCCAUGGGAUCCUGUUGAACGGACCAGUCAAGAACUCUUCUUAUCCCUUGCCAAGUUCAGUAGAGGCCAUGAGAGAGAAAUAUUUUAACCUGAGUGAUCCCACACAUGGAUUGUAUCCAGUGCAGUGACAGUUUUAAAUGUAUUUAUGAAUAGGAGCCAUGUCUCUGGUAGACACAGAAAGGUUCACUUCAUUGUUGUAAUAUGUGGAUUUUAACACUGUAGCUUAGCAUUCAUUCUGUGUAUGUGUGUGUUUGUGUGUAUGAUGGUCUACACAAGAAAUGUGAGUGUGUGUAUAAGAUGGAUCUGGGUACUGUUGUACAAAACAACCUUAGCGCUACGACUGUCGCAAGUCUAUGUUAAGGUAUGGGGGGUUACGAUCACCUUAGCGCUAAGGUCGCUUUGUACAAUGGCACCCUGGUUCCAUAGUCAUUGUGUAAUAUGGCUGACUGACUGUUUCAACAUGGACACAUGUUUGUUUUAUUGAGAUUGAUGAAUUUUCAUGCAAACUGCUGUAAUAUUCACGUAAGGUCAAUAAUGGGUAUUGGACAUGUUCACUGCUGUGUUAAGAUUUCUUUCUCUCUGUUAUUGUCGUCCUGAAGCUGAAACAUACUUUGAAAUAUCUAUUGUUUUUUUGUUCUGCUGUAGUUCAAAUGUUUCGUUUGUAAGAGAAGACACUAAAAGUUGUUUGCAUGUUGCUGUAUACAUAUCAAAUAUCCUUAACAUGAUUCUAUGGUACCGUAUUCGACGUAAUAAGCGCCCCGCUCUAAUAAGCGCCCAUGGCGAUAUUUGCUAAUAUAUUGGCAAGUGAACAAUCCCAAUUAGCA